AUGGUGUCCCGUUUUGCAGUAUUUUCGUUAUUCCUGAUGGUGAUGGUCAGUGUCAACGCAUCGUUGACAGGACCCACAAAUAUAUUGCCAACUCUACCAAAUGCAAUUAUAAAAUCAGAGAAUUCUCAAUGCCAAUAUGAUAGUUUAAAAUUACAAUCGGGCCUGAAAAAUAUGACUCUAUGGGCUCAACAAAUGUGGGAUGCAUCAGCGAAACAAGCAGUGGGUCUGUUGUCAGGAAACAGAUUCCAGUUAGGAGACUUUGACGAGUGCCUGCAGGUAGCUAAGCCAAUUAAGGCCCAAUACUGUCUCGUUGAUGUCAAACUUGAUGUGCCGCCUGAAUAUUCAUAUGCCGAUCCACUUGCUAGAGAGUAUGAUCCGUUAUUACCAGCUUGGCACAAGAUUUACUAUGGCGGGGCAAGAUUCAAGCAGCGUCUGGAUAUGAUAAAAUGGGCUUUGUGUGUGCCUGCUUCAUGUUCAGCAAUGGAUGUUCAGACGUAUCUCAGAUCGUAUAUCAAAGAAAACAAACUAGACGUGAUUGAAAACGUGUCGGUUGCUGACAAUAUGUGUACUCAAGCGCAACGUCCAGGCGAUGAAUAUACUGCUUAUGACAUAGCAUUUGUAUUACUCAUUGUGUUUUUGGUAUUGCUUACCACAAUCGCUACAAUUUUCGAUUACACUGUGUAUUCCGAACAAGCCGCAUGGCAAUGGAAUCAAGAAUCUAAAUCUGUGGAUUUGAUCAUGUGUUUCUCCGGUAGACGUGCUAUGCAAAGCUUAAAACACAAAAACUGCGUAGUCCGAGGAUUGGAUCUUACUCCAUUAUGUGGAACUACAACUAUUUCAAUGAUUCUUAUCAUAAUUGGACACAGAUGGGGUUUCCGAUUGCCCGGACCCUUACAAAACUACGAAGUUAAUGAACAGGUAUUCUACGAUUAUUUCAUUUCGAUAUUCACCUCUCACAUGGACUUAUUGGUGGACACAUUUUUCGCGAUAAGUGGAGCUUUACUGAUCCUUAUCCUACUUGACCGCCUUGAACAUUCAUUCAUUAAUCCCUUUAAAGUAUUGGUAUUUAAAUAUUUCAGGUUAACGCCUGUUUAUGCAGUAAUCAUAUUCUUUUUUGCUACUCUUCAGUACAAAAUGGGAUCCGGCCCCCUCUGGGAAGCUUUUAUUGGAACAGACAAAAAAAAUUGCCAACAAACAUGGUGGUUAAGUUUGUUGUACUUGAACAAUUACGUCGCAACUGAUAAAACGUGUGGAUAUCAUACGUGGUUCAUGCCUUGUGAAUUUCACUUCACAAUAAUUGGUAUUCUAUUAGGAUAUGCUUUGCAUAAAAAGCCUAAAAUUGGAAUGUAUUUAACUUCCCUACUUAUGGCUGUUUCUAUUGCUGUACCAUUUGCACUGACUUUUAUUGGACAAAAACCAGGAAAUAUUCAAUUCAACAUGGACUUUACAACAAAUCCGACCAAUGAUGAUUAUUUUAUGACAAUUUACAUAAAAUCUCAUACUCGUGCUGGACCUUACAUAGUUGGUGCUAUCUUUGGUUAUCUAUUGUACAGAAGAAAAGAGAGUACAACUAAAUUAAACUUGACACAGACAUAUGUUUUGCUGGCAAUUUCUACUCUAAUAUGUACAACUACAUGGUUUAGUGGAGCUCUACUUUAUCACCCUUCCUAUGUUUAUGAUCCUUUGCAAGCCGCUCUUUAUGGUUCAACAAUAAGAAGUGUUUGGGCUGCGGGUCUAGUCACAGGACUCUAUGCUCUUAUAAUUGGACCACCAAAUUUUGUGAAGAAUGUGCUGUCGUGGAAACCGUUCAUACCAUUGGCCAGUUUAAAUUUUAAUGCGUACAUGGUUAAUACUAUACUACCUGUAGCCGACACGGCCAGCAGACGGAGUCCCGAUCACUUCGACAUCAGGAACUUCGUAACUGAUGCAAUUUCAGACACUGUAAUGUGUUUGACAGCUGGUUUGUUCCUUUACUUAUUAGUAGAAAGACCGUUCAGGCUUUUAAUCACUCAGCUUUUUGCGUCAAAAUCAAAUUCAAAUGAAAAAAAAAAUUAUGUUUCACAAGCAAUAGAGUCGUGUCGAGAUUUCGACAAAGUCCUACCAACACAUCAUCGAACAUAAAAAGACUCGUAUUUAUAUAAUUUAUUAAUUUAUAUAAUAUUUUAUUAUUUUUAUACCACGAAGUAUUGUUUAUUUAUUAUAUUGUGUAAAUAUUAUUGUAUUUUAUAAUUUAUAAACACGCCAAAUUGGAGUAUAUGAGUUAAACCAGACGAUA